UUUCCGAAAUUCCUUCACUUUCGUUAUUCUCGUCGAGAAAUCGUUGUUUGUUUUCCCUUAUUAGUUGAUGGCGGCGGCGAUUACAGAAGAGCAGAGCAGAAAGCGGGUGAAGCAUUCGCAGUCGAUUGAUAGAAUCAGCGAUUUGCCGGACUCAGUCAUUUGUCACAUCCUCUCUUUUCUCCGGACCAAAUUCUCCGUAAGAACCAGUAUUCUAUGUAGAAGAUGGAUGCAUCUCUGGGCUUACGUCCCCAAUUUACUUUUCCACACCGAGAAUCAAGAAAUCGACUAUCAACUGCAGACAUGGGUUACCUUUGCCGUUGUACGUAACGUGCAGAAGCUCUAUCUUUGUUUUCUUUCUAAAGAAGAUGUUCGAGGCUUUCUGCCUCGAUGCCUCUUCACCUGCAAAACACUUGUUGCUAUGAGGCUCCGCUCUUGCGGUGUUAUCCCCGUACGCCGCGCCGCUGUGUGUUUGCCUCUCCUCAAGAAGCUUCAUCUAAUUUACGUUCGUUUCGAGGCUGAUGAGUCCCUUACGCACCUUAUUUCCGGCUGUCCGGUGCUUCGGGAGUUGUCUAUCAAAUUAUCACAUGCUAUGGCUUAUUGUAAUGUAUCUUCACCUACAAUUAAAAGGCUCAUGCUCGAUUUUAAAUCCGAUGGCACCAGGUUGGAGAUAAAUACCCCUGCAGUUAAAUAUCUCAAGAUAAGUGAUUCUUUCUCUGAGCAUAUUAAAUGUGGGGUGCUAAACUCCUUAACUAAAGCAGAUAUCAAUCUUAUCAAUGACGAGAACAAACCGGACUAUUUUCUUUAUUCUCGAUCUCUGCUAGAACUCAUUGAUCGGUUUCGCAAUGUCAAGUGCCUAAAAUUAGUUUUAUCGUAUUGUCCAAAGAUUAUUGACUCGGUAGUCUAUGCUUGGACUACAAGUUUUCCUAAGUUAACCAGACUCCAAUUGACUGCCGAUAUUCGUUUUAUUUCAAUGUUCCUAAAAAAUACUGAAAAUCUUGAAUUCCUCGUUUUAUCUGAGUUUUGCGAAGAAAUACAAGGUUGGAUGGAACCACUACAAAAAGUGCCGACAUGCCUAUUAUCACAUCUUAAAAUUAUAAAUGUUGUUAACAUCAAAGGUAAAAAGCACGAGCUUGAAAUUAUAAAAUAUCUAUUGAGGAAUGCGAAAGUCUUGGAGAGGAUGGAAAUAUCAUAUCCCGGAUCCCUUGGUUCCAACGAAGAAAAUAAUAUGCUAAAGAAGAUCUCACUUUUUCAACGCGGAUCCGGAGCAUGUAAAGUUGCCUUUGUUGCUGCCUGAAUGCGCUUGUAAAGUAACUUGACGCCUAUAUCUACCAACCACUUUUGCUUCGUAAUUGCUUUACGCACUUAUCUCUGUUUUAUUAUGACAUCUUUACUUCAGUUUUUUGUAACUGCAAUGUGAUGAAACAAAUAUUUAUUUUUCUAAUUGCGGAAAGAAAGGUGAGUAUGUUUUUGUCAA